AUGACGAAUGACAAUCAGAUCGAAUCUCUCCACCGCAAGCACCACCGUUCCUCCUCAUCCUCCGACGAAGCCGAUAAAUCAUCCAAGCGCCACAAGCACCGUCACCACAAGCGCCAUCACCGACACCGCCGUGAUAAGAAGCGCGAAGAUGAGAUUCCAUCGGGAGAAGAUGAGGCUGAGCUGAUGGAUGUUACUCCGAUUGGAGUUAGUAACAGCGGUGGUGGGGAUGACGUCGAGGAAGGGGAGAUUCUAGAUGAAGAAGGGAUCGCGAAUGUCAAGGCGCCAGAUUCUGAUGGCGAGUCAGGCGAAAUCAAAUCCGAUCGAAUUCAAGACAAUCAUCUGCUUGUCCAUGGGGUUACUGGUGCUCGAAAUGCCGAGACUUCUAAUGGUGUUCUGACUCGUGAAUCCAAAAGGGAGGACAAGAGGUGGUAUAAAGAAUCUGGGGGUCCUUCCGAGAGAGUUGGAAAAAGAAGUUGUGAUAAUGGCAGGAGUUCGUUUUCUUCGGAGAACUCUGAAGAGAAGCCUAAGACUAGUAACCGGUCGACGGAGAGCCGGCAGUACAACGAAGUCCGUGCGCGGAGUAGAUCUAAGUCAAGGGUUGUUGCGGAGGAUGAGUUUUUGGUCAGAGGAAGACAUCGUGACUCUAGUAGGGAGUAUCGUCAUGACAGAGUUGACUCAAGGAGGACCGAGGGACGUGGGCGAUAUGAAGGAUAUACUCGAGAAGACGUGGAAAGAGAAAGAAGUAAGGAGAGGGAUAUGGACAGGGAAGGAAGCAUUCGAGAUAGGGAUUCAGAAGGAAGUAAACGGAUAGAGAGGGAUAUUGAUCGGAGGAGGGAAAGAGAACGAGAAGAAAGGAGGGAGAUAGAGGCUGACCGUGAAAGGCGAAAAGAUAAGGAACGGGAGCGCAGCAUUGAUAGGGAUAGGAGAAGGGAGAGGGAAGGACGAGAUAGAGACAAUGAAAGAGGUGGGAGCGUCGAUAGGGAAAGGAGAAGGGAGAGGGAAGGAGAUUAUUUACGAGACAGAGACAAUGGAAGAGGUAGGAGUAGAGACAGAACCAGAUAUGAUAGCCGAGAGAGGAUGAGAGAAAAGGAAAGGGAGAGUGACAAAGAUAGAGAAAUCCAGGCUGAUAAGGAGAAGCAUAAAAGUGUUGAAGUGGACAACGGUGAAAGGUCGAAAUAUGAGAAUGAUCAAGGUGAUAAUGACAAAGAAUUUAUAUGGAAAUCUCCGGAAGAAAUAGAAGAAGAAGAAUUAAAUAAAAUCAGGGAGAGCAUAGAGAAAUUUAAAAAGAAGCCCGAGCAGCAAAGUGAACUUAUUUCGCAGGAUAAGGAGAAAGAUUUCGUUCAAGAAAGCAGUGCUCCAGAUUCGGCUUCUUUUGCAGUUGUUACAGAUGCUAAUGCUGGUGCAGCCAAAGCUAAGUCGGACUUCGACCCUGUAGUUAGUGAUGUUGCUAAAACCUCAUUAACAGCUGGUGGGCCACCUAAUAUGUUUGGAAUUUCAAACUCGGAGAAAACUCAAGCUCCAGCAGGGCUUGGCGAAGGUAGCCCAAAGAGUGAAAGAUCAGCUGACAUGUUUCAUGAUGAUAUAUUUGGAGAGUCCCCAGCUGCUAAUCAAAAAGUGGAUCACAUGCGAGGGAAAGGUGAUGGUGUUCCAAUGGUAAGGAGCGGGCUUCAUGACAAUUGGGAUGAUGCAGAGGGUUAUUACAGCUAUCAGUUUGGCGAGCUAAUUGACGGCAGAUAUGAAGUCAUUGCUACUCAUGGAAAGGGCGUUUUCUCUACUGUCGUUCGUGCGAAAGAUUUAAGAGCUGGACCAGCUGAACCUGACGAAGUUGCUAUAAAAAUUAUUCGUAACAACGAGACGAUGCAUAAAGCUGGCCAGACUGAGGUUCAGAUAUUGAAGAAGCUUGCUGGUGCUGAUCCAGAUGACAAGCGGCACUGUGUUCGUUUGCUUUCAAGUUUUAAGUACCGGAAUCACCUUUGCUUGGUGUUUGAGUCGCUCCAUUUAAAUCUUCGAGAGCUCUUGAAGAAGUUUGGCCGUAACAUUGGCCUCAAACUGUCUGCUGUUAGGUCGUAUUCAAAGCAGCUUUUCAUUGCCCUUAAACAUCUGAAGAAUUGUGGGGUUCUUCACUGCGAUAUAAAACCUGACAACAUGCUGGUGAAUGAGAACAAAACCGUGUUGAAGCUUUGCGACUUUGGUAAUGCAAUGUUUGCUGGAAAAAACGAAGUCACGCCAUAUCUCGUUAGUCGCUUUUACAGAUCCCCUGAAAUCAUUCUGGGGCUGGCUUAUGACCAUCCACUUGAUAUAUGGUCGGUUGGCUGCUGUCUAUAUGAGCUUUAUUGCGGGAAAGUUCUUUUCCCUGGCGCUACAAAUAAUGAUAUGUUACGCCUUCAUAUGGAACUGAAAGGCCUUUUCCCCAAAAAGAUGCUUCGUAAGGGAGCAUUUAUUAAUCAGCACUUUGAUCACGACUUGAACUUUUACACUACAGAGGAGGACACUGUUAGUGGGAAGAUGAUGAAGAGAAUGAUUGUAAAUGUAAAGCCAAAAGAUUUUGGUUCAAUUAUUAAGGGUUACCCUGGUGAGGAUCCCAAGAUGUUAGCUCAUUUCAGGGAUCUCUUAGAUAAGAUGUUCAUCCUUGAUCCAGAGAAGAGACUGACUGUGUCACAGGCAUUAGCUCACCCAUUUAUCACUGGCAAGUGAAACCAUGUUGCCGUUUUCUCUUUAUCUCUGUUAUAUCAAGAAAUGCUGUUGUCCUAGAUAUUUUUGUACAUUGCACAUCUUAAUUUUAAAUUGAGGUUCUAAUCUUUGAACUGUCUCCAUCUUCCUUGUGCUGCGUGAGAGCAUUGGUUACAAUAUCGGCAUGGGUGAUGGUGUUUUGGUGGAGUUCUCACCACUGCUAUUCUCAAUGGGAAUUUACUGGUUUUAUUGAAAAGUACCAUCGCUUAGAGAACACUUCUAAAGUCUUUCAAUGCUUUAAAGGCACACAGGAGAAGGUUUCGCUUGGAGGAGAGUGCCGCACAAGAAGAAAAAAAAGUAUUUAAGGGCUGUUCUCUCUCCUCCUGCAAGUUUUGUACGUUUGUCGAGCUUUGUGUGCUAUGUGCUUCACCUCAAUGAUAUGGCAACAACUUUAGUUGCUGUGGAUAUUUUACCUUUUUAUUUGUUAAUAGCGCGGUAGAGGUCUUUAGGUUUACGAAGUCAUGGUGACUAAGGUCAGACUGCAAGGGAAAUAGUGAUUAAGUUAACCUUUUCAUGUGUUACAAAAAAAAAAGUUAAGACCUUUUCAUUGGA